AUGAUGAUCAGAACAGCGACGGCCAUCUGUAGCCAGCUUGGCAACAUACCAGAGGUUAACGGGAAUCCUGCGCUCCGUGGCGUGUACGCUUCGGCCGAACUGAGCGCGUAUAUCGAUUAUGCGGUUGUCGCGUGGGCGUCAGAUCGAUGCCGCAAAGCUGUGGAAAGCAACGAGUCUGACGAUGGAGCUCCCUGGUCGAGGGACGCGUUGCAUCAGAUCCAAACGGCAUACCAAGGAUACGAGAGGCUUCUUUCGGACAUGACCGCUGCUGCACCAUCACUUGACGAUCAGCAGCAGCAAGUGGCACAGCCGCCAUCGUCGUCAUCAUUGCAACCGCGCAAUCAUAACAACGAAGGCCAGGGAACCGGCAGUCACAGCAAGCUCAGGAGUCAGUUUCAGGACAGGCACGGAAACGGUCAUGCAACCCAGCUGGACGUCGUAUCACCUCCCACCCGACCGAUCAAUCAGCCUCAGCCGUCGCAGGGAUUCGUGUCGAUCAACGGGACAAGCAAGAGACAGGGGCACGAAAGCCGAGAACGCGACUGCCGAACGGGUGAGAUGAUAAGGGACGAAGGUUUAACGUUGAUGAUGAUGCAGCAGCAGCAGCAGCAGCAGCAAAAGCAACAGCCGCAGCCAAAAAGCUACGCGGCUGGGUCGCCCCAGAGAAGGCCCUCAGAAUCAUCAUCGCCCAAAGGGUACACAGAGACAAGAUCAUGA